CUCAACCUCUUUGAGCUAUAGCUCUAAUCAAGAAAAGAGAUAUAGAGGUUGACCAUGCAGCCAAAUUAUGAUAGCUUAAGUCUUAACAACAUGCAACAACAAGACUACUUCCACUUAAACAACUACUACAACAACCUAACCCCUUCAACCAACAACAAUCUCAACCUGCUCCAAUACCCUCAGAUUCAUCAAGAACUCAACCUACAAUCUCCGGCAAGCAACAACUCUACGACUUCAGAUGACGCAACAGAAGGAAUCUUCGUCAUCAACGAGAGAAAGCAAAGACGUAUGGUAUCAAACAGAGAGUCAGCAAGAAGGUCAAGAAUGAGAAAGCAAAGACACUUAGAUGAGCUUAUGUCACAGGUUGCUUGGCUUAGAAGCGAGAACCACCAGCUUUUAGAUAAGCUUAACCAAGUCUCCGACAGCAAUGAUCACGUUAUGCAAGAGAACUUGAAUCUUAAGGAGGAGAACUUGGAGCUUCGUCAAGUGAUCACAUCCAUGAAGAAGCUUGGAGGAGGCAUCCAUGAGAAGUAUCCAUCUUCUUCUUCAAUGGAUGAAGACUUCUCUUCUAUUACAGAUGAUCCAAGAAGUCAUCAUCCAUCAUGAGUCGUCACGUCGAUCUUUGUGAUCGAGAUCAAGAACAUUAAUUACUUUGAAGUUUCUGCCUCUCUAAUUAAUCUAUCUAUAUUUUUCUUUCUUUGGCAUCACUUUUUUUUUUUAACGGUUUAAUUAACUACGUACCAAAGUUUGGGGUUUUAUUUGUUAUCCUUGGUGGGUUGUCAUCAGAUUUCUUCUAUUUUCUGUUAUAUUGUAUCAGCAGAAAAGAAGAAUAAAUUGAGAUGGAUAUUUUCUUCUUCCA